CCAGUAAGGUUGAUUAAUUACCUUAGCUCACUUUCCUUCUUCCCUCUUGUCUAUGUCCCUCCCUCCCUCGCUCUUUCCUAAUCAACUCUCCCACACACCUGAAGGUGUAUCAAUCCAGAUAAGAGCAGGACUGUCUGUUGCUACCGACCUACACACACCUCACCCCCCUCACGUACACCCAGUCAGCCCCUCCUCUCAGACGUAAGCCCAUCCAGUAGGGAUGUUUCCACGGAGAUGGUUUGUAGGGAGUUUGGCUGAGGACCUGGCUGUGUCUUAUUAAUUUUCCGUUGUCCGAGCUGCGAGAGUAAACAGCGAAGGCGUGGAAGUUGGAAGCAGAUAGGCCGCUGUCUCCACUGAAAAGAAGCAGUGUCAACACAGGCUCCCAGAAAGCAGCAGCUGGAGAGGGGAUGAGAUACCAGCAGAUAAGCGCUGGUCAGCAUUUCGGCUCUGACCACAGCGCCCAAGGAGUUCCUACGUUACAUCAAUCUUAAUUUUUGCCUCUUGCGCAAACUGGUCUUUUUCCUUCUUCUGCUUCUUCUCUGCAAGAAUGAAAGUAAAGAACGCCUGAGUGUUCAACAUGAGGCUUAGCUCACGCUAAGCUGAUGAUUCUUCUGCGACUGUCUAUGUGCAACAGCAUCAACAUCAACCAUGCAGGAGUGCGAGACUGGCUUGUGCCUUUCGGUGUACAUCUUCACCUUCGUCACAGGCUUCCCCUCCAACCUCCUGGCCUUCUACACAUUCGGCCGCAAGGUAUGGCGGAAACCUGUGCCCAUCGACAUCCUCCUGCUCAACCUGACCAUCUCGGACUUGCUCUUCCUCGUCUUCCUGCCUUUCAAGAUGCAGGAGGUGGCCAACGGAAUGAGGUGGGACAUGCCCUACUUCCUGUGCCCGCUGUCUGGCUUUGUCUUCUACAUGACCAUCUAUAACAGCACCUUCUUCCUGACCGCAGUUAGCGUGGAGCGCUACCUGGGUGUGGCUUUCCCCAUCCAGCACUCUUUGAGACGAAGGCCCAUCUAUGCCGUGGUGGCUAGUAUCUUCCUCUGGAUGUUGUCAAUCCUCCACCUUAGCAUAGUCUACAUUAUGCCCUACUACAACCCGCCUGGGACAGGCCCUGUGGCCCGGAACGUGUGCUAUGAAGAGUUCACUGAGGCCCAGCUCAGAAUCCUACUGCCCGUUCGGCUGGAGCUGUGUGUGGUUCUCUUCUGCAUCCCAUUGGUCAUUUGUGCCUUCUGCUACAUCAGCUUCAUUUGCAUACUGCUGCGGCUACCCAACAUUGGUAGGCGGCGGCGCCUCCGGGCCAUUGGCCUGGCCCUGGGGACACUGCUGGUUUUUGCACUCUGCUUUGGACCCUACAAUGUCUCACAUGUUGUGGGGUUCAUCACUAAGCAAAGCCCGGGCUGGAGGGACAAGGCCCUGCUGCUAAGCACCUUCAACGCUUGCCUGGACCCGCUAAUCUUCUACCUAUCAUCAGCUGCCGUGCGCAGCGCACUAAGCUCAGUGAUGCGGAGCAUUCUGAGUCGGCUCAAAACGUGGAACUGUGCUAGGAUUUGCUGGAGGCCUGUAAAGGGCCCUGAUGAGACAGCCAAAAACCACUUCCCCAAACCAGGGGAGCUCAACGCGCUCUGACAAAACGCUAGCUAGUAGGACAGGAAGGGACUGAAGUGCACUGUAGGAAUGCACGAUUUGGAGUGCACUGCCAACAGCUUUGGUCAGGGUUCUGAUGGAACUGUGAAAAAUCUUUCCCCAAGCCAGGGAACUCAACGUCCUCUGACAAACACUACCUAGCAGAACAGGAUAUGAGGCUAACAUCAUUGUUAAUAUAUCAGCACUCUUGACCAAUGAUAUGUUUGCACUGAGAUGUUUUUUUUUGCCAAUUUUGCUGCUUGUAACUCCUCAUGUAUGUUGAAUGGAGCAUGUCAGACUCAGAUCUCCAAGGAACUGUUAUUGGAAAGAGAAAGAUUGGAGUGGAAGGAAUACGCAAUUGCAAUCAUGAAAUUCAUUGCAAAGGAAAUGUAUAUUUGUCGCACAAUUGAGAUAUUUUAUCUCAGUACAUUUGACUGUCAGAGAAACUAUUCUGUGCCAAUAUGUGGCAAAUUAUAAAGUACAGAUUUUUAAAGGAGCCAAAUUAGGCCUAUAGCAGAGGUCUUCAAAUCUGGACCAUUAAUCCAGUUUGCAUUUUUCUGGACAUUGUAAUGAUUGACCCCGCUAAUACCAAAGGGAAACCCUCAGGGUCUUCUAGGCCUUCAGAAAGGCCUACUGAUUUCUGGGAUUGCUAUUCACCACCAGAGUAAAAGCUAAUACAGAGCUUUAACCUCCUCUGUUGUUGCUAUAGUUGUUUGUGUUUACUGUUCACACUAGAUUCACAUGAGAAAUGAAGUGACCACACAAGCUAAAGCGAAGCCUAUGGUUCUGUUAUGCAAUGAGAAAAGGACACAGGUACUCAACCAGGGUAUGGAUAGUUCUGGGAACAGAUGUGCAUCUGUACUGUUCUGUACUGAAAAACUCCAUUAGUGCCAUUGACUGCAAACUCCAGAACUGGAAACAGGAUUCAAGGUCACGAGAGACCUCUGGCUUAUAGACUGUGGACUUUUAAAAUAAGUGCCUCUAGGAGUGAUAGUACUGUUUACUGAGAUAUAUUAAGAAAAUAUUGGUGAAUGUUUCUAUUGCGCUGUUUGUGUUUUCACAGGCUCUGCUUAAUUAAUGUGUCUAUACUUCCUGCACAGAUUAGGCCGAGGCCUGGACAACAGAGCUCACGUGCAGGCUUUAUCACCCCACAGAAUGAGGAAAAAGGCAUUAUAUAGGAGCUGCUGUGUACACAAGAGGGCUGUGUUUUGUGUGCUUUCAAAUAGGAGGCUGGGCUGUUUAUGAACGUCCACAUGAUUCGUGUUUUGUUUCAGCUGGCCAGAAUUAAAAACGUGAACUGGGCAUUCUGAAUGAUGGGGUAAAAAAGCCCUGACCUCAAUCCACUUCACCCACAGCAAACACAUAGUCAGUGUGAUUCAGAGGAGAUUAGAAACAGAACCACCGUUUGCUUAGUGUGAGAGAUAAAGGGCCUGCACUGGCUGGCAAUAUUCGGGUCAAUAGAGCCACCUAUUUCACCCGCUCUCAUGUUAAUAUUUGAACAUUAUUUGGUUUUGGGAAAAAAGAACAAUAGGUGGUUGGCAGUGCAGUUGCUGAGAAUGUUAUGUCAGAGAAAGAGAGAGAGAGAGAGAGAGACAGCUUUAAAAAUAUCACGGUUCUCCAUUCUAGCCUGUUUAUUACAUACUAAUUCAGGAAAUGACAACAUUGGUAUAUCUCAACAGACAACAAAAUCAAUGAAAUGAAAUUAUCCAGCUUACUAUAUAACAAUAUACCACAGCUGUGUUUCCGCUAUGGCACUGUCCUCGACUAGGCGACUGCUGCCCACAGUACUGACCAAUGGAUUUAUUAGAGGACUAGUCUAUGUGACCCCUAGUUCAUAUGGCUACAAGACCUACAUAAGCCCUUCAGGACAACCAGUUAAGAUCUACAUAAUCAUUUAUAAACAAAAUAGUCAUCAUUUGUCGUAAAGGCUGCAUUUGCCAACUUUAAGGUCAAGCAGCCAAUUCCGAGGUGUAAAAUGACUGAAAUCGAUGUCAACUGACUUAAAUGUCAACAUGAGCAGCCAUUAUGACCAUU